AUGGCUACUGCUGUACCUACCACAUCGGCUUUACCGGUACCGCAAACAUCCGGAUCAGAUUUUACAUUCGAUAUACUGUCAUUUUUCUUCGGAUCACUAGACGAUGGGGAUGAAGAAGGAAGACAUCAGAGGUGGUCGUCCUUUAUCGGGAUAGUUGUGGCGAUAUGUGGAAAUAUUCUCAUUUCGUUCGCCCUUAAUAUUCAGCGUUAUGCCCAUGUGCGGAUUGAACAGGAAGCGGAAGGCGAACGGGUUCGUAUGAGAUCCCGAAGACAUUUGUCCACGAGCACGUAUGGUUCUGUCGAAGCUCCUUAUAGAGAUGAGCCGGACUAUGUGGAUAAUUUUCAAGAUCAGGAUGGACAACAUACACAGCGAUCCCCCAAUGGCCACUAUCAACCUUAUACCGAUCAUGAAGUAAGAGGUGGAGAUUCGGAUAAUAUGGAACACUCUGUUCUUUCCGACCAUACCCUGCGACCUGAUGAUAAGAGCUCAGUACAUGGUGAUCGUGCCAGUUAUCUUCACUCUCCCUAUUGGUGGGCUGGUAUUGUCUUGAUGACCCUGGGCGAGAUGGGCAAUUUCCUUGCCUAUGGAUUUGCGCCAGCUUCCAUCGUUUCACCCUUGGGUGUUGUGGCGUUGAUUUCGAAUUGUAUUAUAGCCCCGUUCCUGCUGAAGGAGAAGUUCCGUCAACGUGAUUUGUGGGGUGUUUUAAUCGCCAUCGCUGGUGCGGUCGUGGUGGUAUUGAGUGCGGAGACAUCUGAGACUAAAAUUGGUCCUCAUGAUAUUUGGGUGAUGAUCACAAAGUGGGAAUUUGAGCUGUAUAUGGGUAUCACUGCUGCAUUGAUCAUAAUUCUCAUGUACUCAAGUGAGAAGUACGGUGGUCGCACUAUCCUGAUUGAUCUCGGCUUGGUUGGUCUAUUUGGUGGUUAUACUGCCCUUUCAACCAAAGGAGUUGCAUCGCUACUUUCGUUUACUCUAUGGCACGUUAUUACGUUUCCCAUUUCCUAUUUACUUAUCGCGGUACUCGUUAUUAGUGCCCUGAUGCAAGUGCGCUACAUCAAUCGCGCUCUACAAAGGUUCGACUCUACCCAGGUCAUACCCACCCAAUUCGUUCUCUUCACCCUUUCCGUCAUUAUUGGAAGUGCUGUACUAUACCGUGACUUUGAAUCUGCGACAUUAUCUCGGUCAUUGAAAUUUGUUGGCGGUUGCGGUUUGACGUUUCUCGGGGUGUACUUCAUCACCAGCGGUCGAGUUCGCCAUGACGAUGACAUCAGUUAUGGUGACGAAGAAGAUGAAGAAGCAGGUGUGGGUUUUCUCAAUGAAGAACGGUACCGUGAUUCAAUAGAUGAGCCUUCGCUGGAGCCAAGACCACGGCGACCGAACAACUUAGGUUUCGAUGGCUCCAGUCCCAUACGUCGAGAUUCAAUGCGAAGCGCAUUCUCCGAAAGAGAAAGCUUGAGAACACCCAAAGGUCUGCUUUCACCCGUUGGGUCUGAUCAUGAAGGCUCACUUUCAGAGAAUUCUCUUGCCCAAGAAUUAACCACACCAUCACCCCCUCUACGCUCUCAUUCUCUGACAGACAAUCCCUGGGCAUCACCAUCGCCUGCAGACACUACCCAAACUCCAUUCCAACAAGAAAGCAUUCCAGCCACUCCUCCAAGUCGUCAACCACAUAUAGAACAAACUCCUCCACUCCUUCUCCGAUUUCCAGCUGCUCCUACACAUGACGAGAAUCCCUCGUCGACCAACAUUGAAUCCCAUAAUCAGUCGCUUCAGUUACCAGGUGAUAUCAAGACACCCGCCGGUCGACGCCGCAGCACUCCACGGACACCACAGUCGAAUCAACGGAAUUCCGUAACUUUACGACUAACGCCCAGUCCACUGAUCGCACCUCUCUCUUCUACGCUUUCCGCUGUUGUAGCAGAUUCUCUCCUACGCGGUGAGGGCAAUUCUGUGAAGCAUCACCGCAGUAAAUCUGCCAAGGUCCGGAGACUAGCUGCGGCCCCGUUAAUGCACGAUGGCUUGCACAGCGACGGCCAACUUGUAGACCACGAUGCAGAUGUAAUGCCUGGUGGCCAUAAUAUUGCUUCCAGUGCUGUGACUGUGACUCCAGGGUCGUCACGUCUCAAUUCUGAUACCGAUGUACGGUCUCCAAACACCUGGCAGAACAAUGAUUCCAAAUCGAAAAACGAUGAAACUACUAUAAACCGGAUACGAAGCUUCAGCGAUUCCAUCAACGGUCACCUGGCUUGGCUUGGAGAGGCACUCCUAGGCGCAAAACGACUAUCGAAACCAAUGUUACCUACACAAGCGAAUGAAGACGGGCCAGCUUCUCAGAAUGCAGAAUCGUGAUGCUUCCAGAUUUAGUCAUGAAUUUGUACAUUUCUUUUCUUUUCCCUAUCAAGAGAUAUUUUGUCUUGCAGAUCCAUACAAGCAUUUGUUCAUAUAUAUUUAAUACCACUGUAUAAAGGCUUCCUAUUGCAUUUGUUGUGGAAUAUCCCCUUUUUCAUCAUGCAUAUUCCCCGGCUUUGGAAUUUUGUCAUUGCAUUCGUUUUAUAUACAUGUAUUCAGGCGGCUUGAAUAUAUUUGAAUGAUACACAUAU